AUAUUAAACUCAUGGAGGAGAAUAAGAUCUAUGGGUAUGUGAUGUAUCUGAGUUUUAACGUGGUGCGUUUAAUUUAUUUAGGUGUUAACUGCAUGCAAAUUUAAUUUACACAUGACUGUAAAGAUGAUAAAAGUAUACUUAUAUGUGCAUGAAGUAUGAUCAUCUGCAGAUGUUUAUGUUGUGGAAUGAAAAAUGCCAGUUUAAUGCAGCGACUGUGGACAAGAUUAGCUGUGAAACUCUACUGAUAACACGCCAGGUGGGCUGUUUGGGUGUUGUUGUGUGGGCGUGGGGGAGUGGGGGGGGGGCGUGUCAAGGCGUGGAUAAAUGCCCUUCCCCUUUGGCCCCUACAUACCCUCAUUAAUAGCAGCACGUCCAAACACCGGGUCAUCUCCACACGGGACAGGAGACAGAACCGGCGACCUGGGGACAUCUGCAUCUGGAAAACAGGGACAAUGAAGGGGCAUCACUGGGGCUAUGGGAAAGAAGACGGUCCAUCUGCAUGGCACAACAAAUACCCUGUAGCCCACGGAAGUCGACAGUCUCCCAUUGACAUCGUUCCCCAUCAGGCUUCACGUGACCCCAAUCUGAGCCAGAUUGUCCUGAACUAUGACCGUUGUACCUCCAUCAAUAUCUCCAACAAUGGGCACUCUGUAGUAGUGGAGUUUGAUGACACAGAUGAUAGAUCAGUGAUCCAGGGAGGCCCUCUUGACAACCCCUACAGACUAAAACAGUUUCACUUCCACUGGGGUGAAAAGGGAUGUGAAGGCUCUGAGCACACUGUGUCAGGAAAUAGCUAUGCGUCUGAGCUUCAUCUAGUGCACUGGAAUGCUGUCAAGUACAAGACAUUUGAUGAGGCAGCAACAGCACCCGAUGGUCUCGCUGUCCUUGGCAUCUUCCUGGAUACAGGUGACGACCACAGAUGGCUCCACACGAUAACAGACGCACUGUACAUGGUGAAGUUUAAGGGCAGUAUCACUGAUUUCAAAGAUUUCAACCCCAAGUGCCUCCUACCCAGCAGCCUUCACUACUGGACCUACCUGGGAUCACUGACCACGCCCCCUCUCCAUGAGAGUGUGAUCUGGAUUGUACUUAAGGACCCGAUCACAGUGUCUGAAAAACAGCUGGGAAAAUUCAGGAUGCUUCUGUUCACUGGAGAGGAAGAAGACCAGAGGCUACGUAUGGAGAACAACUUCAGACCUCCUCAGCCUCUAAAAGGCAGGAAAGUACGCUCCUCCAACUGAUAUGACCACCAGGGAUGUAAAAUACAACAUAAUACAAGCUCUUUUAGACAGGUGAAUGCAUAUAUUUGAUGGGAUUUGUUCACGAAGUACUGAUGGAAAAUUAAAAAGAAUAAGUCUCAUCACUGCCAAAAAUAAAACUUUCCUUCUACUGGUCAAUGGGAGGAAUGAGAUUUUGAAUGAUUUUAGGAAUUAAACAGAUUUUAUGAACACUAAUAACAUUAGCACUUUUAAUUAGUAGUAAAUGAUAAGAUUAUUGUAUGCUUUUAGAAGAUAUUAUAAAGACAAGAAGGUGCUAGAAUAAGAUCAUAUGUGGAACAUCAUGUUUGUAAGGUGCUAUCAUAGUGUAUUAACUCUGUUCAAUGAUUAAAUGUGCAACUGGCAAGUCAUUGUACAAGAAAAGUCUGUCAGUGUUGUUCCACUGGUAUCACACCACGCUGUAGUCUCCAGCACCAUGGUGUUGGCCUUCAGACUGAUCCCAUUUGAUCCCCUAAAGAUCCAGCCUAUUGCUGGUGGAUUCCCAGUCCUUGUGGACGCAGAUCCCUUUCAGUCUGACAAUCCUGACUGGAGGUGGGAUCAGAUUAGUGCUGCAUUUGUCUAUACCGCUCCGUUUGUUUGUGAUGGAGGGUAUGAAAGCGUCAGGUCCUUUAGUGCUCAAUAAACACAGAUAUUUGAUAAGGAGAGUGUUUAUUCUUUUAAAACCUGUAUUAACAAGAACAUUUUAGCAGUGUAAACCUAAUCAAAACCAGGACCCAGUUGCUAUACUUGAUCUUAAGUUUUGCAAACUGAUAUGCCGUUGAGUUAUUAACAGUUAACCUCAGAAACUGCAAAACACGCACAUACCACGACGUAAUGCCGGACUCUGGCAUCUCAGCUCUGGCAUCUCACUUGGGUAAGUUAUGGCAGCUCUUUGUAAUGCUGUUCCUUUUUUAGAUGUGGGUUUUACAAAUACUAAGCUAUGUCAGGGAUAAACAUACUUUAUGUCUGUAUAAUGAAGUAUUCAAACAGGAAGGGCAAAACCGUUGUGAUUGUUUGUUGCUGAUGGAAGAACAUUAAACAUGUAAUUUAUUGGUGGUUUGAAUAUGUUUUACUGUAUUCAACAUGCUGCCCUGUAUGCAAAAUGAAAUAAAGUUAAACACAGUUAAACCCA